GAAAAAAAAAAAGAAAAGGAAAAGAUGUCUUCGGAAGACAGGCAACAGCUUGACAGCAGGGCAAGGGAAGGAGAGACUGUUGUCCCUGGUGGUACCGGAGGAAAGAGUCUCGAAGCUCAGGAACAUCUUGCUGAGGGGCGUAGCCGAGGAGGACAAACAAGGAAGGAACAGCUAGGUACUGAAGGGUACCAAGAGAUGGGAAGGAAAGGUGGACUCAGCACCAUGGAUCAGUCUGGUGGCGAACGUGCAGAACAGGAAGGCGUUGAUAUUGACGAGUCUAAGUACCGUACUCGAAGUCAGACCAACUAGAUUCCAAGAUGUACACGUCGGUGUGAGAGAUCGAUUUGUCCUUGUAUUUCCCUUUGGUUUUUUAGUGUAUGUUGUUCCAGGAACUGUCUAGUUACUUGUAUGUCAUUAGUUCUAGUUAGCUGGUGGU